UUUCGUCUUCGUGAAGGAGGAAGUCCUUCAAUAUUGACUUCAAUUUGCUAAUGAAGGUUUCUAUCUGGCCUAUAGAACUGCAAAGAGACUAAUUUACGGGAUUAAGUUUUCCUCAAAAGUUUACUUAUGGUGCUUUGCUUGCUGGUUAAAAUAUCUAUUAUUGAAGAUUAAUCUAUGUUUUCUUUCUUUCCCUCUCCUCUAAAACUCCCAGGGAUACAUAAGCAAAGGGUCUCUACAGGCUGCAAUAAACCUGCAGGAAGAAAUACUACAUCUUGGGCUGAAGCCUGAUAGACUGACAUACAAUACUCUGAUCUUUGCACGUGUCAAGGCAGAAAGUUUAGAUGCUGCAAUAUGAUUUUUUAAGGAAAUGAAGGAUAAAGCACAGCGGUUUUGCCAUUCAGAUCUUUAUCCGGAUGUUGUUACUUACACCACACUGUUGAAGGGUUUUGGGCAAGCUAAGGAUCUUCAUUCAGUUCAGAAGAUUGUGUUGGAGAUGAAAUCUCGUCAUGAUUUGUUCAUUGAUCGUACUGCAUUUACUUCAAUGGUUGAUGCCAUGCUAAAUUGUAGUUCAAUCAAGGAUGCUCUUUGCAUAUUUGGAGAAAUAUUAAAGCGGGCUGGUGCAAAUGAGGGCUUGAGGCCAAAGCCUCACCUUUAUAUCUCCAUGAUGCGUGCUUUUGCCGGUCGAGGGGAUUACAUUAUGGUUAAAAAUCUGCAUAAGCGCUUGUGGCCAGAUUCCGCUGGAACCAUCUCCCUGGCUGUUCAACAAGAAGCUGAUCAUCUUCUUAUGGAGUCUGCUUUAAAUAAUGGACAGAUUGAUGCAGUUUUGGAGAAUCUUUCAAAAAUUAUUAACAGAUGGAAGUGUAUAUCAUGGACCAGUCGUGGAGGCAUGGUGGCUUUGCGUCUAGAGGCUCUUCUGGGAUUUACCAAAUCUAUGCUCAGUCCUUACUUACUUCCUCAGGUGUUGCCAGGUGAUCCUAUUGAGAGCAUCAUGAUGCCAUUUGAAACAGCUAGGCCUCUACCCGGCACUUUGGAGUUGAAGAGGGUAGUAAUGCGCUUAUAUAGAGAGACACUUGUUCCUAUUAUAGAUGACUACCGUAUAGAUGACUACCGUGAAAAUUGUUGCGAGUUACUAACACCCUUGUUGCUAGCUAAUAUAAACAUGAUUGAUGAAUGCCCCACUUUCAACAAUGAUGAGAAGUCCACCUCCUUGUGUUACAACGACAACAACUAUUGGUCACGUAGUCGAUCUAGUUUUGGAAAAGAAGUAUAA